UGACCGGUGACUAUUAAUAGAUGGCGUGAUCGGACUUUAACUGUUGUGUAUUUAGCUACUGUUGAAUGUUGAUAAGUGGGAAAUUGGGAGAAAAUGGCGAGAAUAUUAGAUAUUAUAUUUUUUUCAUACUUUGCCUCACAUAUUUCAAUCACAUUUUUCGUUGACAUGCAAGCCAUGUUUCCAAAAUGGAUGUUUCCCAAAGCAUGUGUGGAGUUAAAAGAAUGGUAUACACAUGCGGCUCGAGAUCCGUUAAUGGGGGAUCCAAAACCCUGGUUUAUAUCAUUCUGUUUUUGUGAAAUCACCAUUCAACUAGUGUGUUUCUUCCUGGGGGUUUACGUCUUUUAUAAAGGUGUUGAGAAAUGUAAAUGGAGUCGAAUCCCGCUGAUGUUAUAUGGCAGUCAUACCGCCACCACCGUAUUCUGCAUUGCCUUUGAAAUUCUGUUUGGAGAUUUUAGGGGCUACAACCAUCCAGCGCCAAGAAAUAUGAACGAACGUUUGUUUCUACUGGCUAUUUAUAGUCCGUAUCUAAUUAUACCACUGUUGCUAGUAUUUGAUACAGUCUUUAGCCCCCUCUAUCGGGAAACAAAAAUAACAACAAACGGUAAAACUAAGGUGAAGUAACUCACAAGUCUUUUAUCAAAUUAAAGGGACAUAAGUUCUUUGAAUUGAUUGACAAAAUAAACUUUUAAGUUCGUGUAUUGCAUGAAAACGAUUAUAUCGACAUCAUUGUUUACGUCCCUAAAACUUUCCACUCAAAUUCUAAGGCCCGAUAUCCAUAGAUCGACCUCCUUGAAUUCCACUCAAAUUUUGAAUUUUAUUUAUAUAACCUUGGCCUGUUUUAAUUACAAACUGCAAAUUGUAGUCAAAGUUACUCUUACAGUCAAUAAAAUUUAGAAAAAAAAAUCUGACGUCUUCUUCGGAACUAACUUGUAUUAUAAUUGUUUGAACAAAUGCAGUUUAUCAUAAAUUUUAUAAUAGUUCACUGUGUUUAUUUCACUUGUCAUGUAAUUUAAUUAUUUAAAUCCUGCCCACCAUUAAGGCCACGUGGAAUUGAAUUCUUGUUCUUCCUGAACACCUAUUAAAAAUUCCAGUCUGAUUAAAACACAGAUACUAUUUCGUUUCGUUUUUUAUAAUUUAAAAUUUCGUUUUACUUAAAUUGUCUUCACAACAAUAGGAUCUGGAAGAGUUGUUAUAGAACAGGCGUUCUAGUUGAUGAGGAACUGUGGGUAAACCCCUAGAAACGUCAACGCUAAUUGAUCUAUCAAUGCCUGACGUAAUAGGGCCAAAUUCCGCUCGUAUGACCUCUGACGCGACCUCCCACUACAACUGGUAGUGUAGGCCAUGGAAAGUAUAUAAAAAACGAAACGAAAUAUAGAUCUGUAUUUUGUGGACCUGCUCCAUUUAAUUAAAACACUAAAUAUUGCAUCAAAGCUUCAUUUCACCAUAUUUUAUAAUUUCAUGCGACAGACUGUCGUUUUGUUUUGUCACGUGUGCAUGAAUUUAUUUGUACUAUUUGUGAUAUAUAUGUGCCGUUCUUUAUACAAAUUGAUAACCUAAAUCAUAAUCCGUUGUAUAUUUCACUCAACACGGGGAUUAUAACGUUGUAUAUUUCACUAAACAUGGGGAUUAUAACGUUGUAUAUUUCACUAAACAUGGGGAUUAUAACGUUGUAUAUUUCACUAAACAUGGGGAGUAUAACGUUGUAUAUUUCACUAAUGGGGAUUAUAACGUUGUAUAUUUCACUAAACAUGGGAAUUAUAACGUUGUAUAUUUCACUUAUCAUGGGGAUUAUAACGUUGUAUAUUUCACUAAACAUAACGUUAUUGCUUUCUUUAUCAUUAUCAAUAGUAUUUAACAAUAGUAGCAACUUAAAGAGGUGCCGAUGUCGUCCUUGCGAUACAAUGCGACUGUGUGCGAUUGGGUCUGAUGCAGCUUUGAGUGUUCCCAAUUUAUCUAUUGAUUGUCUUUUUCGAUUAAAAUAUCAAGCUACCCUAUCCUUCUAUUUAGUGACGGGUUCAUGUGAACGGCAGGAUAUGCUUACCCUGUCUCUAACAUCUGAUACCACCUAGCUAACAUAUUGUUAUUGUACUUAUUUUUAUAUUAAGUUGAAAUCGAACUGUUUGGCUGUAUUAAUAUCGAUAAGAUAAACUAUGUUCAGAAGAAUGUUGAAUGUUUGUGAAUAUGUAUAUGUGGUUUUAUUAUUGUGGAUGUUUCCAGUAAUAAAUAGAGUUAUCUUUAGUAAA